UGUAGCUGCGUAGAUUGUUUUGGCACUUUUAUCUUUUUUUACUUUAGUAUGGUCUUACAAGCUCUGGCAUGAAGAUAGCUACAAAGCAGCUGGAGAAUGGAAAAUAUCUGUUAAAAAUCAAAUAUGACAUGUUCAUCCUGGAUAGGAAUGUGCUUCUCAGUUACACAACUAUCGUUCUGUAUUUAACUGCAUUUACAAGAUUUGUCUUGUUACCUUCUUGGGAGCUCACAGGUUAUUCGACACUCCCCUGGGCUAUAAAUUAUGGGCACAUGCCUACUGAAGUGUGAUUUAUUAUUUUUAUAAAAAAAACCCUUGAAUGUGCAUCCCACAUUUCGCUGGAAAGAGGCUUCUUUGUGCACCAAGCCUUUAAAUUGUGAGCAGCCAGUUACUUACUGGUUUCACUUUUUCGGAUCGUGCUGCUCAAGGAUCUCAGCCAGCUCCUCUCACCAUGAAGAGUUUUGCUCUUCUCUUCCUCGUACUGAUCUGUGGCAUGGGAGGAUUGGGACACAAGCUGAAGCCAAAGAAAAGAAGCAAUGGUGAAGAAAUCAAUUUUCGGACUAAAACCAAAGAUGUUUGCACAAUGAGCAUGAGUGGGGACGAGGAGGUGAAACUUAGAAUUGAAUGCAAAAGCCGAGGCAUGUCCUACUGGUGCGAAUUCACUGGCAAGCCAUCAGCCUGUCGUGCUUUCAGAAACAAUCCAAAGAUUUACUGGAACCAGAUUGCUGCAGAACUUAGAAAGCUCCCGCAUGCUUGCGAAUCCACACAAGUGUUGAAGACCACCAUGUGCCAGAAGGCUCCCACAGAGGCUCUCAUGAAGCAAAUAGCUGCUGGUAUGGAGCCAGAAGAUCUAGAAAACCAGGAUGAAUCACUCCAGAAAACUUCCAUGACGGGAGCAGGGAAAAGCUCUGUUAAGAAGAUAGGGAAACCUCCAAUACUACCUCUUAUAAAACCAACCCACCAUGGUCAAGGGUCUGAAUAUGAAACAGAAGCAAUGAAACUGGCACGGGAACAUUGCUGGGAGUCCCUGCAUGGUUUCUGCUCCUACAUUAUUGGCAUCUUCAGAGGUUAA